AUGGCAGCAGACAAUGGUUUUGCGGGGAGAAAAGUCAUAAAAAUGGAAGACCUAUGGCCAGAGCUGCGCGGCGGUCUCGACGACAUUUUCAAUGAGCGCCGCAUCGACAAGCAACGCUACAUGAAGCUCUACACGACCGUCUACGACUAUUGCGCCAACCUGGGGACCACCGGCGAGGAGCCGCCCAGCGUGGGGCGUCGAGCGCGUGGCGCCAACUCGCAGAACACGGAGCUGGUCGGCAGCGAGCUGUACGAGAAGCUCGCCCAGUAUUUUGUGACCAUGGUCGAUCGGGUGUAUCAGGCGACGGUCGAGCUCAACGACGAGGAGCUGGUGCUCCGAUACAACAAUUUCUGGGAGCGAUACCUUUUCUACUUCAAGGUCACUGACGGCAUUUUCCGAUACCUAAACCAGCACUGGAUCAAGCGACAGCUGGACGAUCGCCGGGAAAUGGUGUAUUACGUCUACACACUGGGCUUGGUGGUUUGGCGAGACCAUUUCCACAUUAAAGUCGCCGAUAGGAUUCUUCGUGGUCUGCUCGCACUGCUCCAGGCCGAGCGAACCGGCAUUGCCAUUGACCGGAGUUUGAUUCACAAGCUCGUCCGCUCAUACGUCACGCUUGGCAUCGACGACGAAAAUAUGAGCGAUCGCAGCCAACAUAUGCCCUCCAGUUGCUAUAAGUUUUACGAGGAGCGAUUCGAACGGCACUUCCUCCAAAGCACCGAAGAAUACUACACAAACGAGGCGGAAAAGCUGCUCGAGGACAACUCGUUCACCGCCUACAUGCGACAGGUGGAGCUGCGCCUGAAGGAGGAGGACGAGCGGUGUCUACAGUGCUUCCCCCAACGUACCAGGGACCCCUUGGCCUCGCGGUGCGAGCAGGUCCUGAUUCGCCGCAAAAUCGACCUCUACCAACGCGAUUUCGGGCCGCUGCUCGAAGAGGGGCGUGAUGAAGACCUUGCGCGGAUGUAUCAGUUGUGCGGUCGUGUCGAGGAUGGGCUGAACGAGUUGAAGCGAGCCCUCGAGAACCACAUCACGCGCAAGGGGCAAGAUGCGCUUUGUGACGUUGCCGCCAAGUCGCCGAAUGAUCCACGUGAAUUCAUGCGGGCCGUCCUCGCCGUGCACCAAAGAUACAACCAGCUCGUGGCCAAGUCCUUCCAAAACGAGCCCGGCUUCACCCAGGCCCUCGACAAAGCCGCCGAGAACUUCAUCAACAAGAACGCGAUCACCGACCACUACGCCCAACAAGGAGCACAACAAGCCCACGCCAAAGUGCCCGAGCUGGUCGCCCGCUUCUGCGAUGUGCUCUUGAAAAAGUCGAAGGACAACCCGGACGACUCGGAGAUGGAGGAACAGCUGCAGGAUGUGAUUGCCGUCUUCAAGUACAUCCAGGACAAGGACGUCUUCCAGCAGUUCUACACGAAGCUCCUCUCCAAGCGCCUCAUCCACAAUCUCAGCUCGUCCGACUCGGCGGAAAGCUCGAUGAUCUCGAAGCUGAAGUCGAUGUGCGGCUUCGAGUACACCAACAAGCUGCAGCGGAUGUUCAGCGACACGGAGCUGAGCAAGGACACUACCGACAAGUUCAAAGCCUACUGCAGGGACCGCAACCUCGACCUGGGCCUCGACUUCAACGUGAUGGUGCUGGGGAUCGCGGCGUGGCCCAGCUUCACGAUGAUCCAGAUGCAGUUGCCACUCCAGCUGACGAGCCUGGUCGACCAGUUCACCAACUUCUACAACGGGCAGCACACGGGGCGCAAGCUGAAGUGGACGUAUCAGCACUCGCGCGGCGAGCUGACCAGCCUCAGAUACGCGAAGAAAUACGUGUUUUUGUGCUGGACGACGCAGAUGGCGAUUCUGAUGCUCUACAACGACCAGGCCUCCUACACGCUUGCCGAGAUCGUCCGGUUGUUGGGCGUGGAGAAGCAGCAGCUGUUGCCGAUUCUCGCCUCGUUGCAUAAGUUCGACCUGCUGAAGUCGGAAGACGUGCCGCCGGGCGAAGAGCUGGGCCCGGAAACGCCCGACCGCGCGCUCUUCACGAUCGAGGAUAACUUCCAGUCGAAGAAGUACCGCGUCGACCUGAUGAAGAUCCAAAUUCGCUCCGAGGUCAAGAAGGAGAGCGAGGUCGACAAGCGGACCAUCGAGGAGGACCGGCGGGUGGUGAUUGAGGCCUGCAUCGUGCGCAUCAUGAAGACGCGCAAGAAGUUGAGCUACAACGAGCUGAUCGGCGAGGUAAUCGACCAGCUGACGCGCCGCUUCAGCCCCGCUAUCCCCAAGGUGCGAAUUGCGAUCGAGGCGCUGAUCGAGCGCGACUUCCUCAAGCGCUCCGACACUUCGAUGAACGUUUUCGAGUAUAUGGCC